AUGGCGGCCCCUCCACGAUUACAUGGGAAAUGCAACCGGUUCCAGCCAGCAGCUGGUUUGAUGGAGAGGAUUCAAGCUAUAGCUCAAAAUGUCUCAGACAUUGCAAUAAAAGUAGAUCAGAUUCUCCGGAACAGCCUCAUGAACGGAAAAAUGAUGGACAGCAGGAGAGACCAGUGCGAGGUGCCCAGGGACCCCAAGUACCCUGACUGUGCUGGCAAAGUGGAGUGGAUGAGGGCCAGGUGGACCUCUGACCCCUGCUAUGCGUUUUUUGGUGUGGAUGGUACAGAGUGUUCCUUCCUCAUCUACCUCAGUGAAGUCGAGUGGUUCUGCCCUCCCCUGCCCUGGAGAAACCAGACGGCGGCUUUGCCUUCGCCCGCACCGCUGCCCAGGGGCCAGGCAGCUUUUCGGAGCGACCUCACCCAGCUCCUGGAGCUGGUAGGCACGGGCAAGGAGUCGCUCAUCUUCAUGAAGAAGAGGAUCCGGCACCUGGCCCAGCAGUGGCUGCGGGCGGCCCGGCGCCUGGAGCAGAAACUGAAGGGCCGGCAGCGGGACCAGAAACACAUCCUGAUCCACAUCGGCUUCCUGACGGAGGAGUCGGGGGACGUUUUCAGCCCACGGGUGCUGAAGGGGGGCCCGCUGGGGGAGAUGGUGCAGUGGGCCGACAUCCUGGCUGCCCUCUUCCUCCUGGGACACAGCCUGCGGGUCACCGUCUCCCUCAAGGAGCUGCAGAGCAAUCUAGGGGUGCCUCCGGGACGGGGGAACUGUCCCUUGACGAUUCCUCUGCCUUUUGACCUGAUUUACACCGACUACCAUGGUCUCCAACAGAUGAAGCAGCACAUGGGUCUCUCCUUUAAGAAAUACAGCUGCCGCGUUCGGGUCAUCGACACCUUUGGCACGGAACCGGCCUACAACCACGAGGAGUACGCCACGCUGCGCGGCUACCGCACCAACUGGGGCUACUGGAACCUGCAGCCCACCCAGUUCAUGACCAUGUUCCCUCACACCCCUGACAACUCCUUCAUGGGCUUCGUGUCCGAGGAGCUCAACAGGACGGAGAAGCAGUUCAUCAAGUCCAACAAAGUGAGCAACAUGGCCGUGGUGUACGGGAAGGAAGCCAGCAUCUGGAAGGGCAAAGAGAAGUUCCUGACCAUCCUCAACAAGUACAUGGAGAUCCACGGCACGGUGUACUACGAGACGCAGCGGCCGCCGGAGGUGCCGGCCUUUGUGAAGAACCACGGGCUGCUGCCACAACACGAGUUCCAGCAGCUGCUGCGCAAGGCCAAGCUCUUCAUCGGCUUUGGGUUCCCUUACGAAGGUCCUGCCCCGCUGGAGGCCAUUGCCAACGGCUGCGUCUUCCUGCAGGCUCGCUUCAACCCUCCGCACAGCUCCCUCAACCACGAGUUCUUCCGCGGGAAGCCCACGUCACGGGAGGUGUCCUCCCAACACCCGUACGCCGAAACCUUCAUCGGGAGGCCGCACGUGUGGACCGUCGACUACAACAACUCGGAGGAGUUCGAAGCCGCCAUCAAGGCGAUCAUGAGCACCCAGGUGGACCCUUACCUGCCUUAUGAGUACACGUGCGAGGGGAUGCUGGAGAGGAUCCACGCCUACGUCCAGCACCAGGAUUUCUGCACCAUGCCGUGUCCUCCUCUCCACGCAGUCCACGAGGUCUCGCCCCACAUUUCUGGUGGGUGGACGAAGGGGACAUUCCCGGCAGGACCAAACCCCUUGUAG